GCCCCGCCGCGCCCGCGCGCCCCCGGGCCCCGACACACAUGAGAUUCUUCAGGCUCACUUUCAAGUGCUUCGUGGACUGCUUCUGACUGCGCCGCCCCACCGUCCCGCACCCGCCCGCCCGCCGCCCGUCCCCAGCCGGCCGCCCCAGGCCGGGCGGCCGCGCCUCCGGCCUCUCCCCGGUGCCGCCGCGCCCCCCGCCCAACCCCUGCCAGGCGCCGCGACCCCCGGCCUGGCCGCGCGGCCCGCCGGGGCCAUGGCGAAGAAGAGCGCCGAGAACGGCAUCUACAGCGUGUCCGGAGACGAGAAGAAGGGCCCCCUCAUCACGCCCGGGCCCGACGUGGCCCCGGCCAAGGGCGAUGGCUCCGCGGGGCUGGGGGCACCCGGCAGCCGCCUGGCUGUGCCACCGCGUGAGACCUGGACGCGCCAGAUGGACUUCAUCAUGUCGUGCGUGGGCUUCGCCGUGGGCCUGGGCAACGUGUGGCGCUUCCCCUACCUGUGCUACAAGAACGGCGGAGGUGUGUUCCUUAUUCCCUAUGUCCUGAUCGCCCUGGUCGGGGGAAUCCCCAUUUUCUUCCUGGAGAUCUCGCUGGGCCAGUUCAUGAAGGCCGGCAGCAUCAAUGUCUGGAACAUCUGUCCCCUAUUCAAAGGCCUGGGCUAUGCCUCCAUGGUGAUCGUCUUCUACUGCAACACCUACUACAUCAUGGUGCUGGCCUGGGGCUUCUAUUACCUGGUAAAGUCUUUCACCACCACGCUGCCCUGGGCCACAUGUGGCCACACCUGGAACACUCCUGACUGUGUGGAGAUCUUCCGCCACGAAGACUGUGCCAAUGCCAGCCUGGCCAACCUCACAUGUGACCAGCUUGCUGACCGCCGAUCCCCUGUCAUCGAGUUCUGGGAGAACAAAGUUUUGCGGCUGUCUGGAGGGCUGGAGGUUCCAGGGGCCCUCAACUGGGAGGUGACCCUGUGUCUGCUGGCCUGCUGGGUGCUGGUGUACUUCUGUGUCUGGAAGGGGGUCAAAUCAACAGGAAAGAUCGUGUACUUCACUGCUACAUUCCCCUACGUGGUCCUGGUGGUGCUGCUGGUGCGCGGGGUGCUGCUGCCGGGGGCCUUGGAUGGCAUCAUCUACUAUCUCAAGCCCGACUGGUCGAAGCUGGGGUCCCCUCAGGUAUGGAUAGAUGCUGGGACCCAGAUUUUCUUUUCUUACGCCAUCGGCCUGGGGGCCCUCACGGCCCUGGGCAGCUACAAUCGUUUCAACAACAACUGCUACAAGGACGCCAUCAUCCUUGCCCUCAUCAACAGUGGAACCAGCUUCUUCGCUGGUUUCGUGGUCUUCUCCAUCCUGGGCUUCAUGGCUGCAGAGCAGGGCGUGCACAUCUCCAAGGUGGCAGAAUCAGGGCCUGGCCUGGCCUUCAUCGCCUAUCCCCGGGCUGUCACGCUGAUGCCUGUGGCCCCGCUCUGGGCUGCCCUAUUCUUCUUCAUGUUGUUGCUGCUCGGUCUUGACAGCCAGUUUGUAGGUGUGGAAGGCUUCAUCACUGGCCUCCUCGACCUCCUCCCGGCCUCCUACUACUUCCGUUUCCAAAGGGAGAUCUCUGUGGCCCUCUGCUGCGCCCUCUGCUUUGUCAUCGACCUCUCCAUGGUGACCGAUGGUGGGAUGUACGUCUUCCAGCUGUUUGACUACUACUCAGCCAGCGGCACUACCCUGCUCUGGCAGGCCUUUUGGGAGUGUGUGGUGGUGGCCUGGGUGUACGGAGCCGACCGCUUCAUGGAUGACAUUGCCUGUAUGAUCGGGCAUCGACCCUGCCCCUGGAUGAAAUGGUGCUGGUCCUUCUUCACCCCGCUGGUCUGCAUGGGCAUUUUCAUCUUCAACGUUGUGUAUUACAAGCCACUGGUCUACAACAACACCUAUGUGUACCCGUGGUGGGGCGAAGCCAUGGGCUGGGCCUUCGCACUCUCCUCCAUGCUGUGUGUGCCCCUCCACCUCCUGGGCUGCCUCCUCAGGACUAAGGGUACCAUGGCUGAGCGCUGGCAGCACCUGACUCAGCCUGUCUGGGGCCUCCACCACUUGGAGUACAGAGCUCAGGAUGCGGACGUCAGGGGCCUGACCACCCUGACCCCCGUGUCCGAGAGCAGCAAGGUCGUCGUGGUGGAAAGUGUCAUGUGACAGGCAGCCCAGCUCACAUCACCAGCUCACCCUCCGGUAGCCAUAGCAGCCCUGCUUUAGCCCCCACCCUACUCCUCCAGGAGGCUGGCCUUUCCCUGAUACUUUUGGGGACUGCCUGGGGGAGGAGGGAAGGAAGCACCAUGAGUGCUAAAAUAACUUUUUCCAUUUUUAAUAAAACGCCAAAAAUAUCACAACCCACCAAAAACAGAUGCCUCUCCCCCCAAGCCCUAGCCAAGCUGGUCCUAGGCCCCACUUACCCACCUCUCCCUCCAAUGCUACAACGCAUCUCCUCCUACCCCUGCCAUGCCCACCUGGCCCACCUCUACAGGCUCUGCCCCGUAACACACCCUUGGGUAGCCCUCGCCCUAGAAGCAGCAGAGGCAGCUCAGGAAAUGGGGGUGGGGAGGACAAGAGAGGGGGCAAGGGAGGGGCAGCAGAACCAAGCCAAAUAUUUCAGAUGGGCUAGACUCCUCUCCCCCUCCCUAUUCUAGAAGCUUAGAGAGCCAGCCAGCAACGGAACCUUCUGGUUCCCGUGCCAGUUGCCACCAAUGUCAACUGUGUGAGCUUGGGUAUGAGUGCGUGUGUGCAUUGAGUAUGUAAAGUAUAUAUAGAUCUCUAUCUCUUAGCAAAGGUGAAUACCAGAUAUAAAUGGCUGCCUCUGGGCAAAGGAGGCUUGUAUUUUGCACAUUUUAUAAAAACUUGACCAGAGAGAUUCCUGCUUGUAUAUUUCUAAAAAGAGAAAAGAGCCCAAACAUCCCUCUCCUUACCACACCCUGUCCCUCUCACCCCUCUGCCCUUAGCCAAGGAGUGUGAAUUUAUAGAAACUAAUUUUCAUAGGUAAAAACAAAAGCUUUGAGCUGUUGAGUAUGCAAGUCUGUUGUGUGGAUGUGCAUGUGGUCCCCAGUCCCAUGGGGUAGUAAAGUGCAUGGUGGGGGCCUCCUCGGGGGGGAGCCCAUGCCACCCCUUUGCCCACAAGUCUGUGAGGCGAGAGGCUGCAGUAUUCUGUCCCAGGGACCCGGGGCCGCUCACCUGGCAUGCUCAGGCCUGCCUGCACCCUGCUACCUGGGCUGGGCAUGACUGUAGGCGUGGUAGAUGGGUACAGCCCAGGGAGGGGAUCCGGGCAUGGUUCCCACAUCCAAGCUUAAGGCUGAUGCACUUGUCACAUCUCAAGUAUUCCCUGUAGCAGCUUUAACCCACCUACGUCUGUGUCACGUCUAGCCCUGAGAUAGCUGAGUGGUCCCCAGAACAGCUCCCCACACUGGGGCAUAGGCUGGAGGGGUGGGGCUGGGUGAGGGCAGAGGGCCUGUGGAGACAUUCUUACUGUGCUAAAAAGCCACUGCAAACAUAGCAAUAAAAACAUGUCAUUUUCCAAA